CAAAAUGAAAAUAUAUACUGUACUGUAUAGAAAGUUAUUAUUCUGACACCGUUUGAUAAGGGAAACAACUCUGAGUUUUUUUUUAUAGAAAGACUUCCGUGUUUAUAAAGGUGGGGUGUGGCAGGAGAAGGUGCUAAAAUCGAUAAUUUAAAGAUACAGGGAUUAAAUCAGUAGUCAAAUAUGAGCACAUCAGCUUCAUUCGAGAACAUUGACGAGUUUGAGACGGCAAUUGCAUCAGUGAGAAAUGAUGCCGACAGCACUACGUAUGUUAUCGUACAACACAUAGACGGUGAUCCAGCUAAAGUUUGUGUUUUGAAAACAGGGGAUAGUGUGGAUGAGUUGGCUGAACUAGUUGACAGCUCACAGGUGAUGUAUAUUCUAGCAAGAUAUGAGAGUACAUUUGACAUGUCUACAACUGUGAAAUUUGUUUACUUCAGAUGGCUUGGGGAUGAUGUUGCAUUUACAAAGAAAGGGAAGUUUGGUGUAGUACAUGGCAGCAUUCAGGAGAAGUUUAACCCUUACCAUCUAUUUAUAGAAACUGGCUCCGUGGAUGACUUCCAGACCGAGAAAAUUUUACAGCAGCUUGAAGAAAACACAGGAAAGAAAUCAAAAGUCCUUGAAAGUACAGCUGGACAUCAGAUGAGGGGCUUUACAGCCACACAACUACCUGACAGAGAACGAUCUGCUAAAACUGGUCCCCUGAUGUCUAGCGUAGGUGCUACUGUAGCUAUAAAUGAGGAUGUUCUUGAAGCUAUUGCCAAGGUUAGACAAGAUGAACAGCCAGAGAAAUGGCUUGUUGCAGAGUACAUGGAUGGAAGUCCUAAAGGUCCCAUUGUGCUAACAGCGACUGGUGAAGGAGAUAGUGAUGAAAUUGUUGAAGUUCUAACUGAAGAUAAACCAAUGUAUGCCUUGUACAGAACCUCUGAUGUUGUAGAUGAUAUUACCAUAGUCAAGUUUGUUUACAUCAUAUGGGUAGGAAAUAGUGUUAAACCAAUGACAAAAGCCAAGAUAUCAACCCAUAAAGGAAUUGCUGAAAGUACAUUUGGACCUUUUCAUGUUGCUAUAUUUGCCUCAGAUCCCGCAGAAAUUUCAGAGAAAGCUAUUAUAGAAAAGGUUUCUACAGCAUCUGGGAGCAAGUCACAUGUGAAAUAGACAUCAAACUAUUAUCAUUGCAAUCAACACCUGAAUAGAAUAGAACAGAAUAGAAUCUCCCAGUAUCAUACAGCAGAUAUUUUCAAUUGUUUUUGUUAUUGUCGUUUGUUUAUAUAUAUUUUUUACAGUUUAAAUGGUGUUUUCUUUUUUUUUUGUGAAAUUUGUUAUCAGUUAAUGUUCAAUACAUAUCUUUUCUUUUGGGACCAAAUUUUUUUAAAAAUCCAUUUUUGUAUAGAAAUAUCCGCCUUUGCUUUAUGUUAAUAGGAGCCAGUCGGUACAUUAGGUUUAGGUAUCAAUUUUAAACUGGGAACCAAACUGUAAAUUGAAUACACAUUCAAAGCUUUGAAAUGGGAAACAAUUUUUAUGCUGGAAAUCAAACUGCAAAGUGGGACCAAGUCUUAACCUUAGAGUGUGAACCAGUCUAAAAAUGAGAAUAACCGUAGAGUGAACCAAUUUUAAACUGAGAAUAACCUUCGAGUGUGAACAAGUCUAAAACUGAAAAUAACCUUCGAAUGUGAACCAGUCUAAAACUGAGAAUAACCUUAGAGUGUGAACCAGUCUAAAAAUUAGAAAAACCUUCGAGUGUGAACCAGUCUAAAAAUGAGAACUUUAGUAUAAACAGGCAGCUAUUCUCAACAUAAUUGCAUGAACCAGUCUUUCAACCGAGAACUUUAAUGUUAACCUAACAUUAGUGUGAAACCAGUCAUUAAACUGGGAACACUUGUUGGAACCAAAUUAUUUUAGAGUCUGACCAAGUGUAAAUGUUAGACUGGGAACCAAAGUAUAUAGUCUCAAUGUUUUGAAUCUGAAAGGUCUGAUAUUACACCAAGAGCUCGUAAAUCUUUAUUUUUGCCAUGUUGAGCAUUUUUAUUUUUUUAGGUUUCCAUGGAAUCCAUUUUUUUUAUAUUGAUCACAUUGUCUUGGAUCUCAAAGAUCUUUUUAUAUUAAUUAUUUUUUUAUCAUUUUUCUGUAAAGUUUAAUCAUUGUGUGGAAAUUAUUGUACUUACUAACAAAAACUAGACAUAGCAUAUAACCUUUUGUACACAGCUUUAAAAGUAGUAUUAUAGUGGUACUAAUAAAAUUGAAUUUUUAAACCAGUCCAUGAUUGCCUGCAGAAUUGUGUUUAUUUUUAUUCUAAAAAUAGAAUUUGAAACAACCAAUCAUAUGCUUUAGAUUACAAAUUACAGUAUUAGUAUAAAUAAUAUUAAAGUUGAAAACCAGUCUGUAUUUGUAUUCUGAACUUUUUUUUUGUCUACAAAUUUGAUUUGAAACAUUCAUAUGCUUUAGAUUAUUAACUGGUUAACAGAUAGAUUUAGAUAAGUUAUGAAUUUGUUAGAUAAUUACAGGACUGUCCAUGUCUCCAACUGUGGCAUUAUAUGUUUAUAACAAUAUACAUUAUAGCACUGGUCUUGUUUGCUUAAUCUACACAAAGAUAGAGCUUUCUUAUUGGUUACGUAUAGGGAAAUAAAAAACACCUUAUUUCCGGGUCUUUCCCGGACGUUAUGGCAUGUAUGAAAUUUGGCAAACAAUUUAAUAAUGAUAAUUCAAAACAUGGGUGUAAAAUUACGUAUAGGAAAGAUGUGAAGUCAUAUAGUUAAAAUCUGUAACCACGGUAAAAUUCUAACGCAAGUUCAAUUUUCUUGGUGAUUAUAAGUUUCUUGUGUACGGCCAUCUUAAAUUUACAACAACAAAAAAUGAAAAAUAUGAUAAUGAUAUCAGAACUUUGUGUUAAUUAUAUCAUCGUUGUGUUAAGUAUAUCAUUGUUUUAGAUUUUUUAUUAAUUUGUUUUGUUCCAGCAUUAACAUAUACUGUUUUAUGUUGUUAUAAAAAUGUCUAGAUAUAUUGUUAUUGAAUUAAGAACAGCAUUUUAGUUAAGGGGGAGAAAAAAAAAGCAUUUAAGUUUUGGUGCUAUAACUGUUAAGCUAAAUGUAGAUACAGUAUUUAUAAAGUGCCUGAAAAAUCAAAAUCUAGUCAAAAUUUAUGUUUUUAUGCAAAUGCCAUAUUUUAAAAACAUUAGUAGACUUGUGAUUUACCUUUGACAUGCAGAGUUUAUGUAAUGGGUUUUUUCCAGCUUUGAAUUUGGAACAGUCCAGUUUACGGGAUUUAAAAUAUCAAAAUUGAACUACUAAUAGGAUUAAACCUGAUCAGGUUGCACAGAGGUACAGGAUGGUCUAAUCUAUCAUGGUAGCAAAUAGGUGAUAACUUUCCAACAGGAUAAUAUGUAGCUGUAAUAUACCUUGUCGGUUUGCACAUUGUAUUUCACUGGUUCUGUUAUACAAGUAAUAGAAAGAGCAUCAAAACCUGAGGCUAUCUGAUUUGUAUGGGGUGGCGUAACCCCUGAGUAUUUAACAGAUUGCCUUGCGUUUUGAUGUUCUUUCUCUUUUGUAGCAUAGUCAAACAUAAAAACACAUUCCCUGUGGUCAAAAUAUGAAACCCCAGAAAAAGAGUAACCAAUGACAUUAAAU